AUGGAUAAGAAUCAAACAAUGAUUGAAAUGGAUAAUAAGGAAUUAAAACUUGUUCAUCAGUUUCUUAUAGAUCAUGAUUUUGAAAAUACUGCCGAUGCAUUAAUGGUAGAAGCAACGAUAAAAGGUUUUAAACAUUUUAAGGAAGACUUAAAAACUGAAGAUGAGAUUUACGAAAAUUUUUAUGAACAAUUAAUGUUAAAUUACAACACAGGAGAUAGAAGAACAUUUUUAAAAUUAUGGAAUUUUAUAGUACCUGAAGAUAUUAAACAGACAAAAUCUUGUAAGAUUUUGAUGUUACAUAUAUAUGUAUAUUUUGCAAUGUUACCUAUACGCAUGUUACAUUCUUAUAAAGAGAAAGGUAAAGGGCAAACAGAGGCAAAUGAUCCUGUGAUGCCAUUUAAUCAACAAGAUUUUGAGUGUGAAAAGAAUUUUAUAACUGAAAUAGAGAAGAAUAUGAAUGAUAGUAUGGAAGAGUUACGCAAAUUUCUGAAUACAAUGGGUAAAGAAUUAGAGAAUGAUGCAGAAUUGAGACCUUAUUUUGCAUUACCUUUUAUGGAGGCUCCUUAUGCAGAACCAUUCCUUUCUAAAAUAUUUGUUAGAAGUUGGUCGGAUAAAUUAACAGAACAGUUAGAACUCUUUCUCAAAAAGAAUAAACAACGAAAUUUUAGUAAUAUAGAAUAUAAUGAUGAAAAUUUGAAUAAAUUUUCUUCGAGUUAUACAUCUUUAUCUGAAGACCAUAAAAAAGAUGUAAUUACAAAGAAGGCAAUUAGGAAUGUACCAAUUAUACCAAAUGAUAGAAAUAUUCCAAUAUUUUUAGAAGAUGGUGAAGCAGAUGAACAAUAUAAUUUAUGUGAUAAUAUAAAAUAUAGCAAAAAAUCAAAAAGUAUACAAACUGUAUUAAUGAAUUCUUCAGAAGAAGAUAUAUAUUCAUCACAUUUUGCUAAAAAGAACAAAAAAUUGAUGCAGUGUACCCAAGAAUUGGCAAUAGCAAAAUCUCAUUUAUGUAAUGUCCAUUCUAAUUAUGAAAAAUUAAAAGGAAGAUUUCAUAAACUGCAUGCUGACUAUCAUAAACUAAUGAGUAUUGCAAGAGUGUUAACAACUGCCUUAGAAGAUUCAGUGAAAGGACAAGCAAUUGAUUUUCAAGCUAUGCUAGAAACUUGUACAAAAAUCUUUCCAGAUUUAUUUAGUCAGAAUAUAAAAGAUAGUUCACAUUGUUCUUCAGAAUGGCUAUUAAAUAAAUCUCGUUCUGAUAUGAAAAUUAUUGAAUAUUCAAACUCAUACAAUACAUUUAUUUCUCCAAAAUUAUUGGAUUUCAAAAAAAUUAAAUUACAUUUAAUUAAUGGAAGUAUCAAAACGAAAUUGUUUCUCUUGCAAGCAUUACGAAGGAAAAUAACAUUUAGUCAACCUGGAGAAAGAGAUGAGACAGUACACGAAUAUAUAAGUAAAGAUUUAUUAGGACUUCAUAGUCAAAUCGCUAGUUACAAAGGAGAAUCUAUAUUGCCAUACUUAUUAACUCCACAAAAUAUUAUUAUACCACAUCCUUUGCAACAGUCUGUCACGAGAUUAUUGAAUGCUUUAGCAUCGUUUAGAUGCGGAAGAGAUUAUUUAUCCUUUGAUUCUACUGUCGUCGAUAUGAUAUUCAAGUGUCUAAAUAGUGUUUCUGAUAAUAACAUAGAUACAUUAACUUGUAAUAUGAUUAUUGCAAUGCUACAAAAAUUAUCUUUGCGCAAACAGCAGAGAAUCUAUAUGAUAGAAAAUGGAUUAGUGGAAUGGUUGGUUCAUCAUUUACAUGAUCAGUGUCAUGUUAUGGAUUCUUAUCGAUUAGAAUACGCUACAGCCCUUUUGAUGAAUUUAUCGUUGCAUCAGAUAGCGCAAAAGAGAGUAUCAAAUAUGGCCUCCCUACUUCUUUCAACAUUGAUUAAUUUACUAUUAAUGGAUCAUGCAUCGGCAUUGCCAUACAUUAAUGGAGCCUUAAAUAAUUUUUUGACAAAUCACGUAAUCAACGAAGAAGCAAAGAGGAUCAAAUUAUCGUCUGUAAUAGAACAGUACAGUAAAUAUAAAACUGGCGAAAUAAGGAAACACUUGGACCACAUUUUAAAAAUGCAUAGAGGUGAAAUUACUAUUAAAACGGAAGAUGAAGAAAUGGGAGAUAAUGAUAAUGAGGAAUUCGAUGUGUUAGAAAGUCAAUUGGAAGAAAACGAUCCUGUAAAGAAUAAUUACCAAGAAUUGUCUGGAGAAUUGUUAUUAAAAUCGUGUUAUACAAUUUUACCUAAGGCAAUUCAGAAAAAAGAAAUAAUUUUCGAUAGAUCGUCACUUGCACAAUUUAAAGCAGAAGUGAUUGACUCUACUAUGCAAAAUAAUCGAGUUAAAAAUUUAUGUUCUGAACAUGAAUCAAUCAAACGCGAAGAAUCUUUACCAAGAAAAUUGGUAAACAAAAAGUGUGACGUGAAAAAUAAAAAUAAUAUUAUAGUACAACAAAAUUCUGUUAAAAAAGCAUUAUUGCAACAAAAAUCGCAGUCGCAUGUGACUAAAUUAAGCUCUUCCUCAAAUAAGGUAUUUAAUGAGAAACUAAUUAUCGAUUAAAGAUUUCAUAUUACAAUUCAUAAUAUUUUUAAGGAUCGGCAAAUUUCUAAACGGCAAAUGGUGAACGAAAGAUGGAAGUCAAACUAUGAUAAAACUUUUAUAAAAGAAACUUAUAACGAAAAUGCUAUGUAUCUCUAUGAAAAUUAUACUUCGAAGGAUAGCAGUAAAACAACCCUAGCAUCAUCAAUGUUUCUAGGAGUCGGAAGUGAAGCUGAAUCAACAGUAAUGGAGAAACUCAGCAGCAUAGCAUCAUUGAAUAUUGACGAUAGCAAUAAAACUACGAACGAUAAAAUUUCUUGCCAAAAUUAA